AUGGCUCCCUCCAACGAUGCAGGUGAGAUUCCAGCAGCAACACCCAUACCGCCGGUCGCGCCGCCGGACCCGGACCAUGACCCAGAUCUCGAGCCUGAGAUGGACGAUUACAGGCACAGCAGCGCUAGCAGCAGUCCGCCCACGCACCCGGCCUUCUUCAUGGCUUCUCCGGUAGCUGCCCACGCAGGAGGAUCCGGGGUUGUAACUCCGGGCAAGGAGAAUGUCUGCCCUUCUCCCAUGGCAGCCGCAUUCUCCCCGCUGGGGUCACCGCUGGCCAUGCACCUGGGCGGGAAGAAGCCGCCGCAGAGGCCUGCUGCCAAUGCUGGGGCUGUGCUGAACAAGUUCAUCGAUGACUGCACGAGCCGGUCUUCCCGGGGCGGCAAUCAGAGACAAGGGCUAGGAGAUAUUGACAACAGUGUUACAGCUGCACAGCCGGCAAACGACGCGGCACCGGCCGCUGAUUCGAACGCGAGCAAGAAGAGCAAGCGCAAGUCGAAAAAGACCAACGGCGUGAAGGAGAAGAACAAGGCGAAUGGGGAUGAUCAGCAGGCCUCUCAGCCCGCAUCGUAUGCCGAGGCUGUCAAGGAGGACCCAGCCGACGUCACGAAUGGAGGACAUGGGGAGGCCACAGAGAAGAGCAACGGACAAAGUCAGAGUCAAGAGACCAACGCGGAACAGCCGACAACAGAGGAGUUUGGCGGCGAUGCGAGUGGGCCAGAUGCCAAAGGCACCGAAGAAAAGAAUGGCGACAACAAGGACGACCAGCCUACAGCAGCCGGCAGCUUGACAUUUGCAGAAGCAGUCAAGGAGGGCCCAGACACGGCUACGACGAACGGCCAGGCUACGGAGCACGAUAGCGUCAAAUCUAGGAGUGUUGAGAAGAGCAGCACGCGAGAGCAGGACAACGUAUCUGCUCAUUCCAGCCAGGGUUCUACUGCUGUCGACUACCCGGACAUCCCCUCGGACGCUGAAGAUCGUGGGGAGGAGGCAGAGCGGCGGCUUGACCAAGAGAAGGCUCAGGAAGUCGCUGGACUGCGGUGGGCUCCGCUCAGGGUGCCGUUCAAGCGCCGGCUGCAGACCCUGGCAGUCCUGUUCCAUUGUCUGUGUAUGGGAACCACGCUGUCCAUCUUCUUCGGAUUCUGUGCGAUACCGUUGCUAUGGCCUCUACUUAUAAUAUACCUGGUGUCGAUCCUGUUCGCGACAGAUGCCGUCGACGGCAAGCUCAGGAGGCGAAAGGAGUGGGUCCGCAGGCUGCCCAUCUGGAAGUCCUUCGCCGAGUACUACCCUGCCAAACUUCACAAGACGCACGACCUCCUCCCGACGCGCAAGUACAUCUUCGGAUACCACCCGCACGGUAUCAUCUCUCACGGGGCGUGGGCGGCGUUCGCGACGGAGGCGCUGGGGUUCUCGGACAAGUUCCCGGGCAUCACCAACAGCCUGCUGACGCUGGACUCCAACUUCCGGCUGCCGCUGUACCGCGAGUACGUCUUCUCGAUGGGCAUGCUUUCGGUCAGUAAGGAGUCCAUCACCAACAUCCUGACGCGCGGGGGCCGCAACGGCGAGGGCAUGGGCCGGGCGGUGACGAUCGUGGUGGGCGGGGCGCGCGAGUCCCUCGAGGCGCAGCCGCGCACAACGCGGCUCAUCAUCAACGAACGCAAGGGGUUCGUCAAGCUGGCGAUGCGCACGGGGGCGGACCUGGUGCCCGUCAUGGCGUUCGGGGAGAACGACCUCUACGACCAGCUGGACCCGCACAAGCACCCGUGGCUGCACGGCCUGCAGCGGCACGUGCUUAAGGUGUGGAAGUUCACGGUGCCGCUGCUGCACGGGCGGGGCAUCUUCAACUACGAUGUGGGCAUGAUGCCGUACCGGCGGCCGCUCAACAUCGUUGUCGGCCGGCCUAUCAAGGUCGUCCAGGCGGACAACCCGGACAACGUGGAGGUCGACCGGCUGCACGAUCUGUACGUCGAGGAACUAAGGGCCAUCUGGGACCGGUACAAGGACGAGUUCGCGAAGGACCGGGUCGGGGAGAUGGAGUUCCUUAGUUGA